UAAGGUCACAUGCAUCCUACCUCCUAUUUCUAAUGAUCCAGAAGAUGAUGUUUGCAUGGGAGACGAAGCUAAUAAAGAUCUGGAUGACAUGGCCGAUUUAUCCAAGAGAGGUUAUAAGUUUAAAAUUAGAGAUUGGCGAAACAUGUCAGUAGACCUAUACGGUGCUAAUGAAGAAAUAAGAAGAGCAUCUUUACUGUUUGGGAAUGGAGGGAUGAGUCAAGCUUCUACUUCGUAUCAGGAGGAGUCUUUGGAAUCAAAGAUCAACAGAAUCAGCGAGAUGGUGGGAGAUAAUUUAAGGAUCAUGAACGAUCGUUUGUGUUUGAUUGAAAAAGACAGGAAACAGAUUAAAGAACGUGUGACAAACCUAGAGAAACUACAAAGAGUUACUUCAUAUGAAACUCCAAACAAUGAGACUGACACAACUCCAUUUCAUGAGACGGCUUCCAGACAAGGUGAAGCCAAUGCAGAUCAAGCAGAUGAACAACUUAACAAUGAGGAUACACGAGAGCCUAUGAAUGAGAUCACGAAAGAGACACCUGGUUCUCCAAUAGCUCAACAGAAUAUUGAGACUCCAGUCCUUACUCCAAUUCAGACGCAGCAGGAGACUCACGAGCUUAUGAAUGAGAUCAUUUCACCAAACAUUUCCGACACACAGCCAAAUACCCGAGCUCGCAGAAAUCUUUUAACAGAGCAAAAUAAGGAUGUAGAAAGCAGAGUUCAAAAUCCCUUUGAGAUCGGAGCAAAUGUGGAGAUUUCAUCACAAGAUGACAAUACUUGUCAUAAAUGGUAUCCAGGAAAUGUGUUGGCAACAUAUUUGGUUGAUGGGGUUGAGAUGGUGAAAGUUGAGUACUUCGUCCCGUCUCUGGACGAAAAGAAGAGGAAAAGGAGUGUUGAGACACGUGUAUCAAUUGACAGAAUACGUCCUCAACCACCACCUGAGAGAUCUGGAGCGAAGAAAAGUUAUGAGCUAAUGCAGGACGUGGAGGCGUUCGACAAUGGUGCCUGGUGCGCUGGAAAAGUUAAAGUCAUUUUGUUUGAUGGCUCGUGUUUUGUCUCUUUGAACAAUUCUAAAGAACAAAUUUACUUCCACCAUUCUGAGAUGCGAAAACCAAGAAAAUGGGUAGAUGGUGUUUGGGAGAUGACAAAAAAGAUGGAAGAAGAGCAGACGCAGAGUGUGAAUCCAAGUGAAGGAGAUGGUGAUAAAAAGGGGAAGGCGAAGGCUGUCGCUUGUAAGAAAAAUGAAGCAGCUGGUCCAUCAGAAGAUGGUGUUGGGAAAAUGGCAAAAGAGAUAGAAGUAAAGCAGGGUAAGAGUGUGAAACCAAGUCAAGACGAUCAUGCAAAAAAGGGGAAGCCACAUGUUGGUAAGAAGAAGAAAGCAAAUGCUCAGCCAGUAGAUUUGCUUCCUUUUCUACAGCGAGAAGAGAAGAGGCCAAUACGACCUAGAAACCCUCCUAUACCUGUAACACCUGAGGUAAUCCUUCCAAUUGAUCCAUUUGUGACACCUGAAUUUCCUCGGUUUUCAAGGCUUACACACUGGAUGGAUCUACGGGGCAUAUAUCGUGUGUAAGCAACUUUUUGUCCUCGCAUAAAUAUUCCUAAUUUAUUUUGUAAAAGUUUCGAUUGAUACUAGUUAAUUUUAUCAACUACAGACCGUUUUAUAUCAAUGGAAAAGAAAUUGAAAAAGAGUUCUUUCAAAAAAUGGACGAUGCAGAAAACAAUCUCAACAAAGAGGUAAUCAACACUCUGUUCUGUCUUCUAUUUGAUUGUGUGAUAUGUUUAGGAAGAGGUUGAGUUGAGCUAUGCUAGAUGUCCAUGUUAUAGCAGUUCUAUAUGAAGUUUCUAACUAUAUUGUUACAUUGGCAGCACAUAAAUGUUGCAUUUGAAAUGCUAAAUUGUAAGAGGGUUGAGCAAGGUGCUUGGUUCCGCAACAACAAUCUUCCACCAGCAUGCUUUGUACCAGUCAAAUUCUUAGAAGAGGUUGGGUACGCUUAUGAAUCUGUCAGGAAGCCACAUAAGAAAAAAAAAAGUUAUUGGAGGGCUGUGUAGGCGAACUUGUGAAAGGUUUAAUACAUCCAAAGAAGGUAUGGCUGGAAGAUGUUGAUGUUAUAUAUGGUGUCAUUGAAGAUAAGUUGAGCUGUCACUAUAUUGGGGUGGAGAUACAAUUGAUGGACAACACAAUCACACUCUUCCAUUGUGGUCUUCCAAAAGCAAAUAUCAAACGUGCUCUUAAUCAAAUCCAAGAACUGGCAGGUAAAAAUAUUAGCUAAUUUAGAAAAUAAAAGUUUGUCACUUGCUGCUUGUGAUUGUGAUGCAUUUUUACAUAUUCAUUUUGUUGUCUGUUGGUGAUUGAUUUAUUGUAUAAUUUUGGGUAUUUAUGACAGUGUUGAUUAGUGCCAUAAAGAUGGAACUUCUUGGUGAAGAGGUUAAUUUCGAAGAUAUCAGUCCAUUUGAAGUUAAGUUUGCAGAAGGGCUUCCAAAGACAAAAUUUCCAUACAACUGUGGUAUUUUUGUUGUGAAGAUGCUGGAAUGCAGGUCACUGGGAUUGAAGAGCAUGGCUAAUAUAAAUGAUGAAACUGCGAUGGACUUACGAAGCAAGCUAUGUUGUGAGAUCUUCGACCAGUUUAUGGAUAAAGAUUUCCAGGAAGGUCAAAGGAAGUGAAAAUGUCAUAUUUGUUCUGUUUUCUACACUGUUUUUCUACUUUGAUAUUAAUUAUCCCUAACGUUUAAGUUUAAGUUUGUAAUGAAUUAUCCCUAACGUUUUUUUCAUUUAGAUUGUUAUUGAAAAAUUUUUAGGAUGUAUUGAUGAAUUGUCAAAUGCUUAUGGUACUUUUAGGAUGGGUUUCCAGAAAAAGAGUGAGAAAGCAAAAUGCACCAAAGCCUAGCAUAUUCCUUUAAAGUUUACAAAAAAAAUGAAAAAGAAAGUGAUCCGAUGUUGAUUGAACUCGUGAACUCUCGAAAGAUGAAUCAAAGUGUGCAGCCGCUGUGCCAAGGGUGUUAUACUUGCCAAAAGAUAUAAUAAAACGAUAAUAACUUGUAACUUUUGAAUAUUUAAUUAAAAACAGAAAAAAGUGAAAAUAUACACAACGGGAAUCGAACACGGCUUAUUGUGUGAUAAGGGUACACUAAGAGUAGAAGGGCUUGCCACUAGGCUAUGGUGGAUAUUCGAUAUCAGAGUAAAUGUGAACUUAUUUAUUCACAGACGAUAGAUUUAUAUGAUCUGGAUAUCAUUUUAAGUAUUCAGGAUAGCUUUCCAAAAACAAAUUCCUUUAAAGUUUACAAAAAAAAAAUGAAAAAGAAUGUGAUCUGAUGUUGAUUGAACUCGUGAACUCUCGAUAGAUUAAUCCAAGUGUGCAGCCGUUGUACCAAGGGUCUUAUACUUGCCAAAAGCUACAAUAAAACGAAAAUAACGUUUGAAUAUUUAAUUAAAAACAAAAAAAAAUGUGAGUAUACACAACGGGGAUCGAACACGACUUAUUGUGUGAUAAGGGUACACUAAGAGUAGAAGGGCUUGCCACUAGGCUACGUUGGAUAUUCGAUAACAGAGUAAAUGUGAACUCAUUUAUUCACAGACGAUAGAUUUAUAUAAUCUGGAUAUCAUUUUAUGUAUUCAGGAUGGCUUUCCAAAAACAAAUAAGCAAAUCAGAUAACCAAGUUAUAAGAACACUAGGCCAAACCAUUACAAAAUAGUGAAAAACAUUGAACAAGUUUUUUAUUUAGGUUGUUAAUUGAAGAAACAACACAAGAGAAACAAAAGUGCUUAUUCAUUUAAAAUAAAAACUGAAAAUCAAACAUAAUGUGGUCCUUAAAAACAUAAAAA